CCUGUUAAAAUGCCUGCUCCGAUUCUCCGUCUCUCUCCAAGAUGGCGUCGAUGAGGGACAGCGACACCGGCCUGUGGCUUCAUAAUAAACUGGGCUCCACGGACGAGCUGUGGACGCCGUCCAGCAUCGGAUCUCUGCUAACGGUGUCGGUCAUCGACAACAUACGGCUGUGUUUCUCCACGCUGUCGCCCGCCGUGAAGCUGAAGCUGCUGCUGGGCAUGCUGCGCCUCCCGCGCAGAACUGUGGACGAGAUGAAGGAGGCUCUUUCAGAGAUUAUUCAGUUAGCCACUGUUGACUCAGAGCCUUGGGUGCUGAUGGUGGCCGACAUCCUGAAAUCGUUCCCUGAGACCGGCUCCCUCAACCUGGACCUAGAGGAGCAGAACCCCAAUGUGCAGGACAUCCUGGGAGAGCUUCGGGAAAAAGUGAGUGAGUGUGAAGCAUCUGCUAUGUUGCCUCUUGAGUGUCAGUACCUGAAUAAGAGUGCCCUGACCACACUGGUGGGCCCCCUCACUCCCCCCAUCAAACAUUUCCAGCUUAAGAGGAAACCCAAGAGUGCCACACUGAGAGCUGAGCUCCUCCAAAAAUCUACAGAAACUGCACAGCAGUUAAAGAAAACAGCAGGAGUGCCUUUCCAUGCUAAAGGAAGAGGACUGGUCAAGAAGAUUGACACCACAACGCCACUAAAGGGGAUCCCCAAGGCACCAUUCCGCAGCCCCACAACCCCCAGCAUGUUCAGCCCUCCCAGUAACAGAACGCCCAUCGCCCCAGCCCGUACGCCCCUGCGCAAAGAGAGAGGAGUGAAGUUAUUAGAUAUUUCGGAGUUGGACAUGGUUGGAGCUGGCAGAGAAGCUAAGAGGAGAAGAAAGACAUUGGACACAGAAACAGGAGAGAAAGCAGCCAAAGAAGAGGCAGUGGUUGAGAAUGCUACCCCAGAUUACGCUGCUGGACUGGUAUCUACGCAGAAAUUGGGGGCUUUGAACAGCGAGAGCGCCCUGCCUUCCACCAGCUACCUCCCAGCCACGCCCAGCAUGGUGCCCUCCUCCUCAUACAUUCCCAGCUCAGAGACACAGCCAGCCAACGCAGGUGGUACAGGACGUGACCAGACAAACCGGCAGCCAGAGGAGGCCACAGCACCAGGUGCCGCUUCCACUACGCUACCGGGUCAGUUUAAACAGAGACCGCCUAUGUACAACGCCAGCACUGCCAGUCCCACAGCCCCUACGUCUCCCACCACACCCACCAGCACGCCCCUCAACAACGCCCCGGCUCCUGCUACCACAGCAACACAAGCAGACACAGCCACGCCUCCGCCUACAACCACAGCUCAGCCUACUCCUACACCAGCCCCUCAGCAAUCACAGCCCAAGAAGAACCUGUCGCUUACGAGAGAACAGAUGUAUGCUGCACAGGAAAUGUUCAAGACUGCAAACAAAGUCACUCGGCCAGAGAAAGCUCUUAUCCUGGGUUUCAUGGCGGGAUCAAGAGAGAAUCCAUGUCCAGAGCAGGGUGACAUCAUCCAGAUCAAACUGAGUGAGCACACAGAGGUUCUACCCAAAGCGGACGGUACAGGCAGCACCACCAUGCUGGUGGACACAGUGUUUGAGAUGAACUAUUCUACAGGCCAGUGGACACGGCUCAAAAAAUACAAGCCUAUUACCAACGCCUCGUGAAGCAGGACUGGGUUUAUACUCCCAACAAGACACACACAUACACACAUACAUACAUACACACAUACAUACAUACGUUCAUUUAUACACGCAUACCUACAAAAAUGAACACACAUGUAUAUUUACACACAUACACAACUACAUCACUAGAAGAAGACUGCUUUCCAACAAAACUACAUACAAGACACACAAAUCCACAUACAGACAAUUCAAGAACCUGCUCUGGAACAUGCAUACAUACAGUAUGUGGGCCAAAUUGUGAACGACUGGGACUAGGGCAACUUUUGAUGGGAGGGUUUUUGGGGGUGGGUUUAAUAGCAGUGAGGUGGACUUCCUGUUUUGGCUGAACUCACUGCCUGUCUCUCUGUGAUCCUGCAUUGCCAAAAGCCAGGGACCUUCUUUGUUAUUAUUUCCUUUUUGUUUUGUGCUUUUGUAAUAUGUUUCUCCGUUUUUAUGAUCCUUUGGGGAAAGAAAGUCCCCCCACAAGAUUCCAGAAUAUCGGUUACAAAUGGAACGAAGGUGGGAUCCUCGUUCGGGAACGCUUGAUCUUCUUUUAUUGACAGCUGUCAAUAAGGCAUCACAUGCUAUAAAUGGUGUCCAAACACAGGAAAUCGUGUCCAUCUGUUUCAGUGUGAGAAUGUAAGAAAACAAUUACAUUUGCAAAAAAAAAGAAAAGAA